ACGAUUAUUCCCUGCAAGAUACUCGACGACUUCUUUUUACCGCCAAAACGGUCAAAAUGGAUCGCACCUUCAAGAAAAACAGUGCACGCUCCGAUCAAUCUAUACAACUUCUUACAAAGACGAAGUAUCACGCUGUACAAACUUUUCGCUCGUCGUUACCUGUUCUCGUUACGGAGGCUUUGACGUUUCUCGACGAGAAUACCACCACCGUCAGCGUUAAUCUUUCACCCGACGGUUGGGCUUGGUUAGUAUCGGGACGCAGAUUACUCGUAUGGCGAUGCAAGCCUAACGAUCCCAAACAACGCACGACUUUCAACGCCCGAUGUCGCGAAUUGUCCUUGCCUCAAAGCGAUUUGGCUCACAAAGCGGAAUGUGUCGUUGUAUGGCUACAACCGGGGCAACAGCUACCCAGUUGCAUGGCAGUCUCUCCGGAGGGUAUUGUCCGCUAUUGGCCGAGCGUCGCUCACGAAGGCUCUUCGGUCGAAACCAGUGCAGAGUUGGCGGGUCAAGAAGUUCAUUGCCUGGCUCGCGUACCUGGCCACGGUUGUAUCUUGGUCACCACCACCUGUACCGUAGCGUUGUUGCAACCACGCUUCGUCUCCGGCAAGCACGCCGUUAACUGCCACCUUCUCAGAACCAGUCAAGGAUGGCUAGGCGGUAUAGGACGCAGAAUGACCUCUCUUAUUUUCGGAGCUAUACCUCAAUCCCCUGUCACCGAAACGAAAUUGAUCAGGGUCGUUUGCGACGCUCUCCCCGACAACGCUUACAGGGUACUCGUUUUGGCCGGUUCCUCCUUGCAGUAUUGGUCCUUUCCCUCUAACGAACAGGAAAAAAUCGAAUUCGACGAGGACAUCGGACACCUCGUUUCGCAACUCUUUCAACGACGAUCCAACGAGUACGAUCCGCAAAAUAUGGAAACAUGGUUGAUCGAUAUGCAAACCUGCCAAGACGGAAUCGUCUUUUUAAUGGCAGCCCAUUGUACUACCGGACCGCCUUUCGUUCAUCUUGCUCUUGGCUCGAUACAAUUGUCCGGCACCACCUUGGCACGCGACUUCAAAUGGUUCCUACCCCUCAAGGAAAAUUCUCCCAUUUUUUAUCAAUCCGACGUCGAAUCCUUUUUAGUUACCUAUCGUUUUAUAUUGUGCGGAUGGGAAGCCAUUGUAUACAAUCGGCGCGAUGUCCUUGUUGUAAAUUAUACGACCGACCAUGAACAAGACAAUAUAGAUUUAGGACGAGGCGACAGCAUCCUCGGCGGUGCGUCGUUUUCCGGAACUCCGGUUUUGUUCACCAAAAAUUUUGGAUUGGUUUCCAUCGUUCCCACCGAUUUUAUGUCUCAACGAGAUUUCGAUACGACUCACAACGACAAUACGGAGCACGAUCAUCGUAUCGAUUUAACUGCGCAAAAUUUUACCGCUCUCAUUACCGACGAACGACUUCAAGACAUGUAUUACAGUUCCGAUACGGCUACGCGAUUACGCGCUGCCUUUCUUCUCGCUCUUCGUCGAGAUAACCAACGAUGCGAGGAAAUUUUGUCUCAACUUUUUCCCUCGCAAGAAGAACCGGUCAUGGAUAUCGAUGCCACUCUCGAUACUUUAGUUUUGAAAGUUGCCAAAGACUUGAUAGACGAUUAUCCUGCCAAUGAUCCGCGUUGGGCCGAUCGCAGAGAUUUGUCGAUUACCCUGAACGCGGUUGCUUCCAUGCAGAUACUCAAUCAAUUGGAAGGAAAACUCAAAGCGCUGGAUUUCUUCGUACGCUUCUUGAAAGAACACCGUUUGUGGACAAGAUUUUGCGCCGUUACCUACAGAGGAAUCAUUAUGGCUACGCCUCACGUUCUCCAAGAGUACGCCGAAAAAUUAGUCGCGGCGAUUACCCUCUACAAUCUACAAAACACCUAUUCCGAUAUCGUCGAUGCUGUCAUCGAACAAACUUUAACCCCGGAUUCCUUCGUGUCCGACCAAUUAACCUCUCGCGAUAUAUUUUAUCGACAAGCCAGUACGGUACAUCGUUUUCUUCCUACCUUGGUAAACAACGCCACGGAAAUUACUCGAUCCGAAAGACCGAUUCAACAAGUAGCUCGUUACAUCCUGCGAGUCAAUGCUAUAUUAUUGAGUAUACUUCGCGAAGUCCUCGAAUACCGUCGGCGUAACGCUAAACGAUUUAUACCUACCAGAUGUUCCACCGGUAUAACCGAGUAUCUUCCGUGGACAGCGGCCGUUGGCAACCACGGAUUAAGAACUUCUCUAACUACGAUGUAUAAUUUAACGCUCAAACACGGUAUCACCGGUACCAACGAUUCCACCGUUAGAAACGAAUUGUACGAGCAACUGGUCGGUUACAUAGAUUUCAUAUUGGAUGGUCGAAAAUCUCACAUAGAAAGCGUCAGAGGAACCGAGAAGUUCGAGAUACUUAUCAAACAAUACGAAACCGAUCGAACCAAUCUGAUUCAACCUCUCGUCAAGGAGGAACAAUACGACAGCGCCGCGAUGCUGGCUGAAAAGUAUUGCGAUUUCGCGUCUCUCGUACAAAUUUGCGAAUUAACCGAUAAUAAAAAUCGUUUGGACGGAUACAUAGAAAAAUUUGCUCUUCAAGAUUUUGUCGGAUUCUUGUUUUCAUGGUACGUCAAAGAUGGACGACAAGGCGAAUUGGUAGAGAAAUGUAGACGCGGCGGUACCCUAGAAUUAGCCGAAAAAUUAGCGGAACACCCUACUUUGUCCUGGGUACAAUCCGCGUUAACCGACGAUUUACGUUUCGCCGCUAAUACGCUUCAUUCUUUAGCGAUACAGGAAAACGAAUUAGUCGCUCGUAAAAAGUCUAUGCUCUCUUUGGCGAAAUUGGCUCUCUUGGCUUCGGACGAUCCCGAGGAAGAACUAACGGAUCGCAUCAAAAGAAUUAACAACGAAUUAGCGCUUAUAGCUCAUCAAGAAGAUUUACCCACGCGAGUGCUUACCACCUACGGUUACGACGUCGAUAAACUACGAGUAUUUACACCCACGGAAUUAAUUACGUUGUACACGUCGGAGGAUAACGUCGACGCGAACGAGUACGACUUUAAAAAAGCUCUCGAUUUAUUGGAAUACGUGGAACAAGAGGAAGAAAAGAUGUCUUUGAAAUUACGAAUUUGGGCUAGGGCAGCUAAACGAGAUCGAUGGGAUAUCGCUGGAAAGAAUCCUGAACAGCAAGUGCAAGAAACGAUUUUCUUCAAAUUAAUGGAUCUCGCACGUUUUAUGGGCGGUAAAGUCAACGAAUUUCUUCCUCCGGUCGACAUGCUUUUGACGGAACCUGAAUUGGGAAAUCUCGCGGCAUCCAGCAACUUUCAAUUUCUCAUCAAAUUCGUCUACGAGUACGCGUACAGCAAAUACUAUUUCGACUGAUCUCUCCGUACCCGUCAUAUAUAUCCGGACAAGACGACGUUUCAACGCAGUUCAACUGAUUCGUUAAUUUAACUUCUUCGUAACCGGCUAAUUCGACGCAUCGAAAUUUUUCUUCGUCGCCGGAUCCGAAUUGCGUCCACGAACAAGCGUUUACGCUACCGUAACCGAAACUGUGUAUCUAAAAAAGAUUAAUAUUACGAUAACGAUCGAUUCGAACGAAUUAUAAUUCUUUGAUACCAAC